AUUCACAAAACAUUUCCUCCGUAUUAUCUCUUUCUUUGUUGCAUCUUUGAGUUCGCCGGGAUCCCGUUGGGAGCGAAGAACCGUUCUAUCCUGGGAGACACUUGCUACAUGUGUCGGGCAAAAACGUCUUAAGGAAACAACGUUACGUUGGGCUCGGUUACAAGUUGUACUAUGUAUACUAUCAAGGUGGUAGAUGGUGAUGGUGAUGUGGCGUGCCCUGGGUGGCUAGCCCUCGAUCAUAAAUUUUUCAUAACUGAUGCAUUAAAUGCGCUUCUGCCAAAUCUUUGCCUUCUCGCCAAUUAUCCUGGAGCAACAUGCCAAAAGCUCAUUCGCAACACUCCAGGCAGUUUGUUCAAGAAUUUUGUGACUCGCGGCCCAAGUUGUGCGGGUAGUGCCGCUCGGGUCUGGAGCCUUUCACAAACGUUCUUGAUUCAUUUUCUCGCAGAGGUAUUGGGCAAAUCCCGUGCUGGGCUAAUUUCCCCAACAUUGCGUAUAACUUUAUGAAAUCAUAGGGCCCAAGCGGUUCAGAACACCCCGAUCGGCAUUCGGCUCAGUUCUUCUACUUGGAGUAUUUCAGGAAACACUGACACCUAAAUACCCAUGGCGGGGUCCCACACACCGAACGUCCUACCCGAACGGGAAGUCAGCAAGUGGAAGCCGCAUUUAAUGCUAAAGUAUGGCAGCAUUAAGUGGAGGCAUGGGUGUAUACGUGGCAGAGGUUACAGCCUACCGGAUUCAGUAACGUGUCCAUCUCUUCCAUCCUCACUCUAGUAUAAAUACCUGCAUUAAAUACAUUGUAAAAGGUUAGCAUUUUCAUACUCAAAGCUUAGCAAUAGAACCAUCUCUCUUGUAUUGUAUUCAAACUCGUAGUGACGUACUGUUCG